AGCUGUCAGCGCAGAGCAGAGAGGGAGAGAGAGAGAGAAACUGGUCCAGCAUCUCCGGAGCGGCGGAGCGAAGCGGAUGACAGAGACACAAAGUCCUCAUCAGCAAAAUGAGCAGGAAUUAAGCCGCCGUGCGUCCGCGUUUCACCGCCGAGUGGAUGUUUAAAGGAACCCGAAGCUGCUCGGCGCGGAGAUCCGACUUUUAUCCCACCAAUGAGAUAUGUGGAGUGGCUCUAGCGCUCGGUGGUAACGCAGAAAACACGCAAGAUGAAGAAGCAGUUCAACCGAAUGAGACAGCUCGCCAACCAAACAGUGGGCAGGGCUGAAAAAACAGAAGUUUUAAGUGAAGACCUGCUGCAGGUGGAGAAGCGUCUGGAGCUGGUCAAGCAGGUUUCUCACAGCACGCACAAGAAGCUGACCGCCUGUCUGCAGGGCCAGCAGGGCGUCGACGUGGACAAGAAGUCCGUCAGGUCACCGUCGAAGAAGCUUCCUCUCACGACGCUCGCACAAUGCAUGGUGGAGGGAGCCGCCGUGCUCGGAGACGAAUCUCUGCUCGGGAAGAUGCUGAAGCUCUGCGGGGAGACGCAGGACCGACUGGCUCAGGAGCUCAUCCUGUUCGAACUCACCAUCGAGAGGGACGUGAUCGAGCCGCUGUACGACCUGGCAGAGGUGGAGAUCCCAAACAUCCAGAAACAAAGGAAACAUUUAGCCAAGCUGGUCCUGGACAUGGACUCGGCACGAACACGGUACUACCAAUCCACCAAGUCUUCGGGACUUUCCAGCAACCUGCAGCCGACGGGAGCGAAGGCCGACCACCUCAGGGAAGAGAUGGAGGAGGCAGCCAACCGCAUGGAGAUCUGUCGAGAUCAGCUCUCAGCAGACAUGUACAGUUUUGUGGCCAAAGAAAUUGACUAUGCAAGCUACUUCCAGACACUGAUAGAAGUCCAGGCUGAGUACCACAGGAAGUCAUUAGAGCUGCUCCAGAGUGUUCUGCCGCAGAUCAAAGCUCAUCAGGAAACCUGGGUGGAGAAGCCGUGCUACGGGAAGCCAUUAGAGGAGCACUUAGCGCUCAGCGGGAGGGAUAUAGCGUUUCCCAUCGAGGCCUGUGUCACCAUGCUGCUGGAGUGCGGCAUGCAGGAGGAGGGUUUGUUCCGAAUCGCUCCUUCGGCCUCCAAGCUGAAGAAGCUGAAGGCGUCUCUGGACUGCGGCGUGUUGGACGUCCAGGAAUACUCAGCGGACCCUCACGCCAUCGCAGGCGCUCUGAAGUCGUACCUGCGUGAGCUUCCCGAGCCGCUGAUGACCUUCGACCUCUACAACGACUGGAUCCAGGCCUCCAACAUUCAAGAUCAAGACAAGAGACUCCAGGCUCUGCUCAACGCCUGUGAGAAGCUCCCACCAGCCAACAACAACAACUUUAAGUAUUUGAUCAAGUUUCUCUCCAAACUGACUGAAUAUCAGGAUGUGAACAAGAUGACGCCUGGAAACAUCGCCAUCGUCCUCGGGCCCAACCUGCUGUGGACUCACAACGAAGGGAACAUCACUGAGAUGAUGACGACCGUUUCGCUGCAGAUCGUCGGCAUCAUCGAGCCGAUCAUCCAACACGCCGACUGGUUCUUCCCUGGAGAAAUCGAGUUCAACGUGACGGGGAACUACGGCAGCCCCGUCCACACCAACCACAACGCCAACUACAGCUCCAUGCCGUCUCCAGACAUGGACCAGAUGGACCGCAAGCAGAGCGACCAGAGCCGGCGGCCGCUCAGCGUCGCCACGGACAACAUGAUGCUGGAGUUCUACAAGAAGGACGGCAUUAGGAAGAUCCAAAGCAUGGGUGUCAGGGUGAUGGACACUUCUUGGGUGUCGCAGGGCUCGUCGUCCACGCGUAAAACCUCCUCCACGCCACCGAGCGUGCACGCCCCCAUCCCGCCCGCCGACGCCACUCUCCUCCCCGAACAGGAUUUCUCUGCCUCCCCCUCCCCCACCCCUCCUCCCACUAGCAGCGACCGAGCCAGCUCGGACGAUGCUUCCUCCAACUGGUCGGACUCCUGUUACGCCUACCCCUCCCCUGAGGAGGAGAGGCCGCCGCCCCCUUACCCCUCUUCCUCCUCCUCUUCCUCCUCCUCCUCCUCUUGCUCCUCCUACUCGCUCCCCACCACCACCACCCACCACCACUUCUACACCCGAGCACCUCCGUGUAUGCGUCCCGUCGCCCCUGGUCCCGAGUCCGUUGCCCCUGGCCCGUCCCCUCCACCCCGUCGCACCGGCUACAGCCCGCCCCCGCUGCCCCUCCACUCCCCGUGCCCGUCCCCCCAACAGCUUGACGUCAACUCCAACCCCAAACCCAGCUCCCUGCACCUGCCCACCAAGCAGGCCUCCCUGCCCGACGCUCCGCAUGCCGCCCCGUCCGAAACCAACGGCUCCACCCUCUACAUCAAACCCCCGCUCGUUCUGACUCGCCACGAUCUGUUCCCGGGCUCCCCCAAACCCCCCAACACCCCUCUAUCCGCCCCACCUCCGUGGGCCGCCUGUGCCUGUAGCCGAGAGCGAGGAGCCAAGCUGACGAGUACUCUGAAGAACAAGGAAUUGUCUCCAGUGAUUGGACAGAAGGGAUUCCAGGGGACAGUGACCUCUAGUGGACAGUCACAGCACUCUGAGCACAGUCCUCACACCCUGAGGAGAGCAAAGAAGUUAGCCCCGAUCCCCCCUAAAGUCCCGUACUGCCCGUCUGGAGCCAUGUCGGACCAGUCCACCGGCCAGCCGUCUCCGGUCAGCCUGUCUCCCACCCCUCCCAGCACUCCGUCCCCGUACGGCUUCAGCUACCCCCAGGGCUACGCCACCAUCGGCUCCCCGGGUCAGCUUCAGACGGCCACCACCCCGUCCCUGUCCUCUCCGCCCUCGCUGGCCGGGACCCUCACCAAGGCCCGGCCAACCCCCAAGCCGCCCCGGCAGAGGCCCAACCUGCCUCCUCCACAGCCCCCCACCACCCCCGGCACCAGCCCCCAGCCUCUGGAGCACUCGUCGGGUCUCCUGGACGGUUUGUCCCCCGGGGAAAGCAUGUCCACAGAUUCCCUCUGCAACCUGGACAUCCCCAUCAUCGACAUGGAACUGGACGGUAUUUUUGACUUGCCCCACAUCUCCCCCUUCAGGAACUCGGUGGCGCUGCUCGAGUCGACCGGCAGCCGGGCGGAUUCAGAGGAAGAGUCUGAGAGCACAGUGCUAUGACGCCGCCGAGUUCCUCCCCUUCUGUUAAACAAAACACGACGCUGACCGCUGCACCGCCACCCAUCGACCUCCUCACCUCUCCGGCUGGAUCGCCUCCGGAUCUCCUCGUCACGCCUCGCCCGAACCGAUCCGGAGGAGGCCGGCGUGUAAAAACAAGCGCUUCUAUACAGUAAAUAACAAAAAACAAAAACAACAAAACACAGCGGACACACACACACCAGGUGUUAGCGACAAUGUUAAGGGACUUCUGAUCAAAUACGCGGUUUGACAUUUUUACAUUAGCUGGAUUCUUUUCUUCUUUUGUUCUCUUUUGUAAUUUUCUGUUUCUUUCUGUUUGCCUUAUUUGAUUCACUUGCAAUAUUGCCUUUAAUGUCACACAUGAGACUGGAAAUGGGCUGGUGGGAGGAAUGAGUGCUCUUCACUGCUGCUGCUGCUUCUGAUGAGUGGAUUAUUUUGUAGGAGAACAAACACCACAGUACAUCUGUCCUGGUUUAUUGUUCUUCUUUCUUUUCCCGUCCUUCAUCCCUCAGGGGUUGAAACGCCUCGCUCUGGCACGUGGUGGCAACAAAACAAACCCCCGGAUUUCUGUCCCGCCUGAGCGUUCACUGUGAGUGUGCCAGUGUGUCGUUUUUUGGAAAGUGUGUGUGUGUGCGUGUGUGUGUGUGUUUUGCCAGUGCGUGACGUGUUAAUCGAUGUGGUAAUUGUACUAUAUGAUGUUGCACUGUUGGUGUCGUGGAGCAAAAACAAAACAAAAAAAAAACAGGAAUGCAUGUUUUAGACAUUUUAGGAAAAAUAACUACGAGGUAGCAAAGAGGUUUAAACGCCCACUCACACCUUUCUCUAUAUUUACAGUCAGGAUAUCAGUCACUGGAUAUUUAUUGUUUAUACUGUACAUUUUUCAGAGUAUAAGAUAUGAUUAACAAUAUAAAUCAGAUCAUAUUUUGUAUCCACGGGAGAGCUGUAAAGAUCAUUUCCUCUAUAAUAUAUAUGAGAUCCAUACUGCAGUUUAUGAAAAGAUGAAGAAUGAAAACUCCACGUGAUUCCUCAUAUUUAGGUAUUUUUGGCAGCGAGCAAAGCCACGUGGGAUUUUUCAUUUUUCUUUAGGAGUAACUUCAGCUUGAAGAAUGUGGAGAGAAAGAUAAUAAUGUGGAGGUUUGGUCGUAUGAAGCUUGGAGUGUCAAACCACAGUUUAGUGUUUAGUCCGUCCACAGAUCAGCAACAGGAGCUCUGAUUGGCCCGCUGUUACCCUCCUGUUGUCUUCAUUUACAGGCACAAAAAAUAUUGUUUUCUUGUCUGAAAAAAAUCCAAAAAUUCACCCAAAAAAAUCCCCAAAUUUCUGAAAAUUUCAACAAUUCCUUAAAAGUUUUAUUUUUAAAAAAAUCCCCAAAUUUGGCAAGAAAAUUCUUGUAAAUAUUUUCAAAAAAUGAGGAAAAAUCUUCCAAAAAAAUCCUAAAAAUAUCUAAAGUGAUUACGUAUAUAUCAGUAAAACUUCUCAUAUUUUCUUGAAGAACAUUCACAUAAAUAUCAACCAAAUCCAGAGAAUUUUGCUGGAUUUUGGUUGAUUUUUUUUUUGUGAAUGUUCUUAAACAUUUUUAACAUUGCUUCAUUUAACUCUGCUGCGUUCCUUGGCGGAUUUAAAUGACGAUCGGCAUACAUUUGUCUGUCGGUCUGUUCGCAACUUUGCUCAAAACAGACUAGCGGAUUUGGAUGAAAUUUUCAGGAAAGGUCAGAAAUGACACAAGGACCAAGUGAUUAGAUUCUGGCAGCGAUGCGGUUAUAGUCUGGAUCCACGGAUUUGUUAAAGAUUUCUGUAUCACUGCUAGAUAGCAGCACGGCGUCAGUGUAACUAUGACUGCAGACUUAUCAGGACUUAUCCGUCGGUAAUGAUACGACUGAGCAGCCUUGGCGGAGUACUGAGCUGUCUGAGGACUUUUCUUGCUUAUUUGUUCAUCUUUUGAACAAACAUGUACAUAGACUGUAUAUAUAUAGUGGACGUAGCAUCUGGCUCCAGAAUUGAAGCCCACCCGGAAGUGUCAAAAACUUGCAAUAUCACGCCGUCCACUAGGGUUGGCUCCAAAAGCUUUUUCUCCAUAGACCCCAAUUCAUUUUUGGAAAAAUAAUAUUGGAUAGACUGAUGUUCUACAGCUCAGGAUUUUUUCCCGUUAGUUUUCAUGGUCAAAAUGAGAGAUCAGGUGGCCGAUCUUAAAAUAAAUCAAUACUGAAUUUUAAAUAAAUCGUUAAAGUUGGCGGAGCCAGGGGGCGUGGCUAUACUUGAUCGACAGCAACAGAAGCCUCUGUGGUAAAAUGUGGGCGGGAUGAGAGAGUCCUCAGCCAAUCCUGCCCCUAGUUGCUCUCUGGUCCAGUCUGUUUGAUGACGCUUUUUAUGUCACUGGCUCCAAAAAAUCCAAAACGGCGACCAGGAAGUAGCAAAAUCCGGCCUUCAUUUUCUCAGCGUUGAAACCAACGGGUGACGUCACGGUUAGUUCACGCCUGAACAUGUACUGUACAUUAAGAUGUCUAUUUCAUCCCUAGCUGAUGUCGAGCUGAAGGGAAAAAUAUCUCCAAUUAAGGCAGAAAAAGGCUCCCAUUGUAGGUUUUCAUUUAUAAAUUAUUGCAGAUAAAAUGUAAAAUAAUCUAAAACUCUGUAUCUCCUGCAGUGGCACACUCCAGGCUCCAUAUGUGACAACUUCGUACAGACGUGUUGAGAAUCAUCACCUCACAAACCGCCCUGAGGUGUUUCAACAUCCCAUCAUAUCACACAGCAAACAGCUCUGACUCACUCCCAGAAAAAAGGUGCUAUUUUGUCAUAAAUAAGCCCACUUUUUUCUGACAGUGCACUUUCAUUUCCAGCCACCUCCUCCACGUUAAGAGUUUAUAGGAAACCCUGUCUGACGAUGCUGAUACUUUUGGUCUGCAUUAGUGAACCAGAGGCAAGUGCAAAGAUAUGUGUAUAUGUGUUUAUUUUGAUGAGAGUAUUUAUACAGAUAUAUUUCUGAAUACUUUUUACUGGGUGUGAGGAGUUUGCGCUCCGCAUGAAUCUCGUCUGAGGAUUUUUAAAAAGUAUUCGAACACGGGACCAGAACUUCCCUGCUGCCGCAUCGAGGAAAAAAGAAAAAAAAAAACCUUUUCAGGUUCGGUUUUAAGGGGAAACUUGAAAAUCGGUUCAGCUGGAGGUUUGCGUAUGACAGCAGCAGCUUGUUAUUUGCCUUGCGGUGGGUUUUGUCGUGACCUAUCCAGAUUUGUACGACUUUUCCUUUUCGUCCUGAUGACAUCCACUACACAUGGCCUCAAAGCCGCUGUGCUGCUCGACCAUCAUGUUCCUUUAAAGUGCUCACAGGACUUCUGUAAAUACUCAAGCAUCUGUACAUAUCUGUUCUGUAUAUACCGACAGGGGACAAAUUCAUAUAUAUAUAAAUAGAUAUAUAGAUAUAUACAAAUACUGUAUUGAAAACUAUAAAUGAUGACAUUAUAACGUUAUACUGUACAUAUAAUAUUAUAAUGUUGCUGGUUCUAGCACAAUAAAUGCCACAUUCACACAGAAUGACAUCACUUUACACAGAAAAAAAAUCCACAGGCUCAAGGUUACGUCUAGUCAGCAGAUUUUCUAAAUAAAAACAGCUCAUGGUGUUUGUGUUGCAGAGUUUCUUACUUCACGGUUAACCUCUUGAACCCUGAUUUUAGCUUUACAGUCGGUAAAAACGCCACUGCAGAUCCUCCUUUCAGUACAUCAGUGCAGCUACGCGACAUUUAAAGGAAAACCCAAGAUCUCAUAUGCGUCUUCUUUUUUAUGUUUUCUGGCAUAUUUGAUAUUUCUGAAAUGUGAAUAUGUUGUUUAGGUUUCUCACAACGUUUGGCCUGAAAACUUGUUGUAGCGAUGAAUCGGUUGCAGGAUCCAGCAGGGUUUAAGGGGCUAAAAGAGACUCUGCAUGGAAAAUAAAAAACGGUUUUUUUAACUUUUAGACGACAGAUAACGAACCUCCUCAGUUGGACAACAAAGUUCGCGAUGGUUCAGGACCGAUAUUAGACAAAAGAUUAAAGGAAAGUGUUGUUUUAAAGUUGGGUCAGAGUGGAGUUAUUGAAGGCUUGCUCUGUAUUUAUUGAUUAUUCUGCAGAUUAUUUAAUCUAAAAUACUGAAAAAGCCCAAACUUUUGUCAUCAAAUGGCUUGCUUUGUCCGGCUAAAACCAAAGAAGUAUCACAUGUAGUAUCACAAAGUACCCAGAAGAGCAAAAAUCUCAACAUAUUGAGACUGAAACAAGAACAUAUUCUGCAUUUUUGCUGAAAAACUCAGUUGCGGAUGAAUUUUCUGUCAGUUAAAUUCAUAUUUUCUGGUUCACCUCUCCUAGAAUUUACUGUUUAACCAGAUGGUUCCUUUCUGUUUAAAUCAAUACAGCAGAAAUUUGACAAAACUUAAUGCUAAAAUCUACAGUAUCACAUUUAUUAUCACUUAAUGUCCAGAAAAGCAGUGAAUUGCUGCCAUAUUGAGACUGAAAGAAGUAGAUAUUUGGCAUUUUUACUGCUUAAUAAUGAAUAAUUGAAUAUUAGAAUAAUUUUCUAUCAAUUAAACAAUUGCUUAAUCUGACAUUUACUGUUCAAUCAGGUCCUCCUAUUGGCUUUAAAUCAACACUGCAUGAAUUUAACAUUUAAUUUAAUAUUAUGAGAAAUAACUCAAUGCUAAAAACCUAGAAGUAUUAAUAAAAGCAGUAAAUUACCUGAAAAUUGUAUUUAAUAAUUGAUUGAUUGAUUAGCAAAACAAUUGCUGAUGAAUUUCUGACAAUUAAGCAAAUAUUUUUAACAGCAAUGUGUUCAAUUUACUGUGUUCAGUUAGAUCCUUGUGUUAACUUUAAAUUAAUACAAAAAGAAUUUGACCUUAAAAUCAGUUAAUUCAUACUUAGAGAAAAAUUUCGAUGCUAAAACUUAAAAAAAUCACAUUUAUUAUCACUUAGUGUCCAGAAAAGCAGUGAACUGGCUCCAUAUUGACCAAAAAUUUGUCAUUUUUUUUCUUUACAAAUCCAUUUAAUAAUUGAUUAUCAAAACGGUUCCUGAUUAAAUUUCUCUCAAUAAAAUAUCAUUUAAUCUGCUUCAACUCUACUGGAUUUUACUGUUCAGUCAGAUCCUCCCGUUGGUUUUAAAUCCACACAGCAUUAAUUUAUUACUGACAGAAAAACAACGUUGACACUACAAACCUACAAGUAUCACAUUUACUAUCACAGCAUUUUUUUAAAAAACGAGUAAAUUUCCACCACAGUGAGACUAAAACAAAGUAUUUCUCAUUUUUGAUUGGAAACCAUUUAAUAAUUGACUAUUUAAUGACCAAAACAGCUGCUGAUGAUUUUCUGUCCAAUGAAACAGCUGUUUAAUCUGAUAAAUACAGAAUGAAUUUGACAUUUUUAAGAGUAAAGAAGCUUGAUGGUGAUGGAAAGUAUUUUUUAUGAAGUUACUGUUGCAGCUGAGGUGGACCUCUGUCCUGUCUUUGUCUGUAUUAUCUCUGCUCCUCUGUGCUGCUCUUUGUUUGUGUUAAAAGGUUUCAGAUCGGGGUUCGUACGUGCAGAAUAUAUCGACUUUAUUAACGCUGUCGAGCAGAGACGGAUUCCAGGGACGGUUUUCGGUCGUUUUCCAAACCCUCUGAGCACUAAAAUCUGACGGCCUUUCUUUUUUACAUGAUUAGGUGGAAUGUACCGAUGCUAGUUCACCUCAGAAAGUCGGAUAGUGUGUGUGUGUGCGCGUGUGUGCGUUGUGGACAUGGUUUAAGAGGGUGGAGGGGUGUUAAAGUGUUUAGGGGGGAGCUGGGGUUUGGUUGUCCUGUGUGAAAGUCAGCAGCAUGCUUUUUAACCAUGCCUAUGAAAUACGCCUCAUCUCUGGUCCUAUAUAAAUGUGCUUGUAUUUAUUUUUAUAAGUGAAUAGAUUGACCUUUGCAAGAGAAGAAAAAGUCAGUGCUGCCCUUCAACCUUUGUUUUUUUUUAAGUCAAACUCUCCAUCAGUUCUGCCAAGACUCUGUUUAAAUCGUUCAUGAUCUCCUGUUUGUCUCCACCGCAUACGUUUUAUCUAUAGCAAAUGAGAAAAAGCACAUCAAAGCAGAGACCAUCGUCUGUUUGUGGACAGGAAACUGCGCUUUCAGAGGACUAAAAUCUGCUGAAAAGUUCCCGUGAAGUUACACUGAAAUCGUAUGAGAAAUGCUAAAAAAAGCAUGCAGGUGCGAUCUGUAGAUUACACUGUGGUGCAUGCAGCCAUUUCAUCUUUUUUUGUUGUUUUUGCUUAAGUUCCAAGUAAACGGGGGCCAAAAUACAAAAAAGGGAAAACAGAAAGUGAUCAAGGAAUUCUUUUUGGAUUUAAAAGUUCUUGGUGUCAAACUGUAGUGAUGCUGUGGACUCUUUCAAAGUUUGAAAUGAAAGGAAAUGCCUUUUUCUUGGACAUGCUAUCUCUCAGUCACCAAAUGGAACACAGUGUAAGAUUAAAAAUAAAAAGGAAAAAAAUUUAAAAUAAUCCUCAUCCGAAUGUUGAAACUAUUAAAAAUGUUUUUAUAUUA